AACGGUAUUUAAUUCCCCUCACCCCCUCUUCCGAUGUCAUAUUUCUAAAUCCCUCUCCAUCAGUUCAUCAUUCCGACUUUUAGUUUUUGACGAUUUGUUUGUCUCUCUAGUUGACUUUAUAUAUCCACUACACCAUCACCUACGAUCUGAGGUUACCGUCCUAGUUUUACUCAAGCCCUUCGCCUCUGAUUUGGUUCAAUUACCGCUACACACUGUACACUGCUCUACGACCUGCGAUUCCUCCCAUCAGUAAUUGAAAAUGUCGGCCGAAAGAAGCGCAGAUAUCAACGGCAAGGCGCCAGUUCAGCAACCUACUAACUCUGCCCGCGCGACACAAGGUGCAGGCUUGGUUAAUGUGCAACCAGCGCGCUUGGACGACCUGCAACCGAAGUAUGCGCAGCAAAUUCAACACGGUGAAGAUAACCCCGAUGCGCACGGAUGGUACGCUUCGUUCAUUCACGGACUUGGUGAAUGUAUUGGUUGCUUGGGUGCCAUUCCAUGCUGUUUCUGCUGCCCCAACCCUUUCAAACCAGUCGCGCAGGGUGAAGUCGGCUUAAUCACAAGAUUUGGAAGAUUCGAACGCUCCGUCGAUCCCGGUCUGGUCAAAGUGAACCCGUUGGGCGAGCAUCUCACAGCGGUGGAUGUUAAGAUCCAGAUCGUUGAAGUGCCCCGCCAGAGCUGCAUGACCAAGGACAAUGUCAACCUAAACCUCAGUUCCGUGAUUUAUUACCAGAUCGUUUCUCCCCACAAAGCCGCAUUUGGUAUUUCCAAUAUCCGCCAGGCGCUUGUGGAGCGUACUCAGACUACAUUGCGUCAUGUUAUCGGCGCAAGAGUUUUGCAGGACGUUAUUGAACGCCGUGAAGAGAUCGCUCAGUCGACUUCAGAAAUAAUCGAGGACGUUGCUGGUGGAUGGGGUGUCCAGGUAGAGUCCAUGCUCAUCAAGGACAUCAUAUUUAGCAAUGAUCUGCAGGACUCUCUUUCUAUGGCUGCGCAGUCUAAGCGUAUCGGUGAAAGUAAGGUCAUAGCAGCUCGUGCUGAAGUCGAGUCGGCCAAGUUGAUGCGUCAGGCCGCUGACAUCUUGUCUUCUGCCCCUGCUAUGCAAAUCCGCUAUCUCGAGGCGAUGCAAUCCAUGGCCAAGACAGCCAACAGCAAAGUCAUCUUUUUGCCAGCAAUGAACCAGACCGUGCAGCAGCAAAUGGCUGCGGCAGAAAAUGCUGGCGAAGGCCCUAGUCGAUACCAACAGCCUGAUGAUGGAUUCCAACGCGCAAUGAAUGCGCGCGUCGUCGAAGACAUAUAGGCGCAAUGUACCAUCUGAUUUGAUGGCUCGAUACCGCUGGGCAGAACAAUUACCCGUGAUGAGAACAUGCUAAUGAUGCUGAACACUUUUUAUAUUUGGAGAUAUCACAAGGCGCGAUAGCCUCGUGCCUUUCCUCUCGCUUGGUCCCCAAUUGUUGCUAGGGGUCCCUAUCUGGCUUUGACGAUACCCACAUUCUUUUGUUACAUAAACGGGACGAUUGCGCCUCUAAUUCAAUAAUAUUAUCCUCUUUCACUUUUUUUGUUCGUAAACCAAUGAGACCAAUGCGAAGCGAUCGGAUUUUCUGGCCAUUGACAGCUGUUUCUGCUCAUUCGCAUUGGACAACAUGUGUAUUUAUCGCGGCAGAUAAGCAAUAGAUACUGCCGAGGGCGGUGUGAAUGGUUUCAUGUCAGCAGCAGUGGCCGAAAGUCGUAGACAAGCAUGACCUUGUUGCUAGCUAUCUGAC